CCAUGAAUAUAUAUAGAUAAAUGGAUAUGUAAAAACCAUUAAUUGGUUACUUUAAUAAUUGGUGGAGGGAUAUGAGAUAGGAGUCGAGGGACCAAAUGAGAGACAAGGCAUAUGGUGCUGUCUUAGAGGGCUUUCUUAAGAAUCAACGUAACAUAAUAUUACUGUAGAUAACAAUACCACUCCCACCUUAUGCAUCUAUGAUGAAGAAAGUCUGAUGGGAUAUCGGUGACCCUUAUCUUAUUUAGGGUAGUUAGGUGGGAAACAUCUUUUAUGUAAAUGUCAUGCUGUGUUGUUAAGAAUUUGAUGUAAAUAAAAAUGUGGUUCGUAAUGCCUCAUGAUACGAUCAUGCAUUCAAUGUUGAAAUUAAAAUUAGAACUAUAAAGUCUUAAAGGACAGCUCCACAUGCCAGUGUCUCCCAGUUAGUCUCAUGACUCAUUUCAUGGGCCUUCACUACAUUAUGAAACACAUUUUCGUGUACGUCAAAUUCUAACCAACACAACAUGAAAUUUGCAUAAAUGAAGUUUCCCGCUCCGACCACUUUGAGCAAGUGUCAACAAGAUCCAAUUAGACUUUCUUUUUCAUAGAGUUCAGAAGGUUGGACUUGUACUAUCUACUAUAAAAUGUUGAGUUGAUUCUUAAGAAAUUCCUCUAGGACAACAUCACAUGCCUUGUCUCUCAUUUGGUUCCAUGACUCCUAUCACAUAUCCCUCCUUCACCAAUAAUUCAAGUAAGCAAAUAAUGGUUUAUCACAUAUCCUUUUAUCUAUAUAUAUUCAUUGAUGUUAGCAUUUAGGACCAACACAAAUCAUUCACAUCCUAAAGAAUUCAAAAUUCUAAACCAUAUUUUCAAAUCUCAAUUCUCUUCUUUAACUGUUCCAUUCUCAAAUCAAUACAACAAUGGGUUUUCGUUUACCAGGAAUCAGAAAGGCAUUAUUUGCAGCAAAUCCAGCAUCUUCAAAAGUAGUGGAUGCGUCAAAGGGCUAUCUUGCAGUCUAUGUUGGGGAGAAAAUGAAGCGGUAUGUGAUCCCUGUAACAUACUUGAACCAACCUUCAUUCCAGGACUUGUUGAGUCAAGCUGAGGAAGAGUUUGGAUUCGAUCAUCCCAUGGGUGGCCUCACAAUUCCUUGCAGUGAAGAUGUCUUCCUACGUAUAACUUCUUGCUUGGAUUGAUAAUGUUGGGAUUCAUCCCAAGUCCCACAUCUGUAAAAUGAAGGAACAUUGGCUAGUUUAUAAGGGUGUCCACCAUUCCAUAUAGUAUG